GGUAAGAGAGGCAGGGAGGCGGUCUGGUGGCCUUAGGAGUGCAGAGGCAAGCGUCGUCACUGCUUUCGGUUUGUCACAAUGGGUAUCUCUCGGGAUUCCUUGCAUAAGAGGCGCGCUACGGGCGGCAAGAAGAAGGCCUGGAGGAAGAAGAGAGAGUACGAGCUGGGUCGGCAGCCAGCCAACACCAAACAUUCCAGCAACAAGACGGUGAGGAGGGUUCGAGUUCGAGGAGGCAACGUCAAGUGGAGGGCUCUCCGCUUGGAUACAGGAAAUUACUCAUGGGGGAGCGAAGCUUAUACCCGCAAUACUAGAAUCCUCGAUGUGGUUUAUAAUGCCUCAAACAAUGAGCUCGUGAGGAGGCGGACUCUAGUGAAGAGUGCUAUCGUGCAGGUUGAUGCUACCCCUUUCAAGCAGUGGUACCUCCAGCACUAUGGGGUUGAGCUUGGGAGGAAGAAGAAGGCCGCUGCUGCAACCAACAAGGAUGCGACUGAGGGACAAGUGGGCGAAGAUGCGCAGGACGAGGUAAAGAAGAGGAGCCACGUCCAAAGGAAGCUGGAGAAAAGGCAGGAGACCCGCAAGCUUUAUGGCCACAUUGAGGAGCAGUUUGGCGGUGGGCGUCUUCUUGCCUCAAUCUCAUCUCGCCCUGGCCAGUGCGGCCGUGCCGACGGUUACAUUCUGGAAGGGAAGGAGCUGGAGUUCUAUAUGAAGAAGAUUUAA